AGUAUACAUUACACGCAAAUAUAUUCUUUAUUUAUUUUUUCCCAAGCUAAGCAUUCCAAAAUAUAUUUAUUAAUGAAACACAUAUGUAGUAUCUCAGCCAUCUGGUCAGAUACUUAAGUCUCUUCCUCUGAGCUCCAGAAUGUACCAGAAUAUUCUGUCCAGGAUUCUUAACAAGCUCGUGCAGGCUGCACAACUGUAUUUAUUUAAUCCCUAACUCAGUUUCACUCACCCUUUUCCUGACAUUAAUGGUAAUAAUGUCUGGUCAACCGAGCAAAGGCUUAAGAUCCAAAUGGGGAUUAGAGCGGAUUAGGUCCUGAAAUAUUUUGGCACAAAUAUUUACAGGGGAGACAGCAGCACUUGACCUGAUAUGACCUGACCUGUGGUGACCUGUCUGCUCGGCGCAGGGAUUGAGGAUAUCACUCGGCGACGAGAAGUCAAGGCGAAAGGAACUCGGCACUUUCACCCGGCGAAUAUCUGCAGAACCUCAAUCGAAAAUCCAGCAAUGGAGAGCGAAAGGAUGCUGAAGCCCACUGUGAGCUAUCAUCUGUUCCUGUACCGCGUCGAGCUGGCCCGUCGGAAUGCCCGGCAGCUGCGGCUUUCCCGCACCAAGAUCGAGAUCACCGACGAGCUCAUCUCCAACACGGUGCGCAACCUGAAGACGUGCAGCAUGGACGACCUGAAGGCGGUCAACCGGGAGCUGCUGUUCAAGCGGAAACUGCGGAGCAACGUGUCCAAGCUGAAAAAGGAGGCCAAGCACCAUCGGCAGCAGCGCGAGGAGAACCCAGCCAAACAGGAUUAGUGGCGAAUCAAUCAGACCGCGGUGAUUUAUUGUAUAUAGCUUGUGUAAAUAAAUACUUUUGAUAAGACUUUUGCAUUG